AACGUUGUACAGUUCCAGGCGUGGUCAUUUUGUUAAGAGCGUUCUGCAGUUCUGUGGGGCAUGGGUUUAGCCGUAUAUGAGGAUUGCAAGCAGUCGAGUUGUUAAUUUUAAUGCGUGGAAAUCAAUAAUUUGUAUCACAUUUUUCUAAACUCAUUCAAGGAAGCAUAAUUUUCAAAAAUAUUAGUGUAUACUCAUUUUUAGCUAAAGCAUGGGACUAUUUUGGUAGUUGUCAAAUAAGUACUGGGAUGCCUACAACUAAUGCUAGGACAACAUAAGAGGAACAACACUAAAGGAACUAUCUAUUUGUAAAUUACAGGCUUUUUUAUGAUCUUAUAAAGUUGUUUAUUUGAAGAAGGAGGGAUAAGUUUACGUAACUAGGAAACAUAUUCCUAAUCCCAGCUGUGAAAGAAUUCUUCCUUUUCUUGAAUUUCAGGGCUAACGUAACCUAGCUACGAUCUUUCCUUCCUUUUCUUGUUUAAUUCAACGAUUAAAACCCAAUGGACAUUCAGAACCUGAUUCUUCUUGAGUUAACGGGUGGAAGUUAUUUUAAAUCAGAUAAAUUGGCUGAGAAGCUUGGAGUCGAUCAUCAAGUAGUUGUUGGAGGAAUAAAAAGUUUGGAAAACUAUAGUGGGAUAAUAGAUUGUAAAGAUGUGGUCGAGGUUAUUUUACAGUUAACAGAUGAAGGUGAUGAGAUUCUAAACAGUGGUAGUCAUGAAUACAGAGUAUACUGUGCUAUUCCAGAAUCAGGGAUACCACAAAGUGAUAUUUUGAAAAUGUUUCCAGGUGCUAAAAUAGGUAUUAGCAAAGCCCUUUCGUCGAAGUGGGUAUCACUAGUUAAGAAUGAAGCUGGUGUACCUUAUUUGUAUCGUUUGAUUCCAGAAGUCAAGGAUGAUGUACAACAUUUAUUGUUAGAUGUAAAAGAGUCUAAACGUCCUCUAUCAGAUAACGAGAAGUCCCAAUUGAAAAACGAAAACUAGUUACCGAAUCAAAGCGCACAUCCUACUUGGUACGAAAAGGCCCAUCAUUUUCAACAAAUAUAAGAUCUGAAGAAACAGAUUUAUCAUCUGAGUUGCUUUCCAGUGGAGAGUGGCAAACAGCUCAAUUUAAGGCUUAUAACUUUUACUCUCUUGGUGCCGCUUUACCAUCUGGACAUCUUCAUCCUCUUCUGCGUGUACGCUCAGAAUUCUGUAGGAUACUUUGUGAUAUGGGUUAUUCGCUUAUGUGGUCGAUGGUUUCAUUCAGUGUAAUAUUUGUAAUUCAGCAUGUGUUGGGAGACAACAGUUUUAUUUAUUAAAUCUGCAUUUUCAACAAAUACAAUGCUGCGUUUGAUUAUAUCUCGGUGUAAUUACUCUCAUAAUUUCACCAAUCAUUUUGUUGUUGAAUGGUACAGUGUUUGCGAUGUUAAGAAUCUGGUAAGCAAGGACACCUUGGCUUAUGAAUUGGGUCAGCCACUUAUAUAUAUAUAUCAGCCCAUGAAGUGAUUGACUGUUUGAGCCGUGUUGGUAUGUGCG